CCGAAAACAAGGGAUGGAGGAUCACCCGAGAUGAAAAAGCGCCCGAACCCUCCGUCCUGAACCCUUGACGAUAAGACAACAACGCCAAGGCGCCGAGAAGAACUGACAUCAUUCUUUUGAGCCAUCAUAAUUACUUCUCCCCGUGGCCAUCUUCAUGGAGCUGAUCACCAUUUUCCUUUGCCUCGCAACCUUAUUAAUCGCGUUCCCCGGGACGUCUGCUGUCGCGCCGAUCAGGAACGAUAGAGUCCUGGAUGAGCUGGUAGUCCCGGACACGUACAUCGUCAAGUACAAGAACGGCAUCGAUACUCUAGGCAGAAACGAGCACGAGAAGGAUGUCAACAGUAGGGCCAGGAAGGGCAGCAGGAGGGGAAUCUUGGGCAGGUUCGACGUCGCGGGCCUACGGGGCUACGUCGCCGAGCUCUCAACCCUAGACCUGGACACUCUCGCCAGCUUCGACUUGAUUGACUACAUCGAGAAAGACACGGUCGUGAAGGCCGCAGCCGUAGCCGCCUACCCGCAGCCUGCCAGACGCGCCACGGUCGAGCAGGUGAACGCCCCCUGGGGACUGGCCCGCAUCUCGCACCGCUCGCGGGGCCAGACAGACGACGACUCCUACUACUACAGCAACACGGCCGGCAGCGAGACCUACGUCUACGUUAUCGACAGCGGGAUCCGGGUCAGCCACGAGGACUUUGGCGGCCGCGCGGUCUGGGGGGCCAACUUUGUCGCCGCGUCGAGGGACACGGACGAGGCCGGCCACGGGACGCACGUCGCGGGCAUCAUCGCCGGUCAGACGUACGGGGUGGCCAAGAAGGCGACCGUCAUUGCCGUCAAGGUGCUCGACAGGUUGGGCAGCGGAUCCUCGUCAGGACUGGUGCAGGGACUCGACUGGGCCGUUCGGGACGCCCGGGAGCGCGGGACGGCCAACCGGUCCGUCAUCAACCUCUCGGUAUCGGGGCCCUUCUCCCAGGCGAUCAACGACGCCAUCCAGGCGGCCACUGACGCCGGCCUCACCGUCGUGGCCGCGGCUGGCAACCAGGGCAAGGACGCCUGGGACCAAUCGCCGGCCUCGGCCCCGUCCGCCAUCACGGUCGGCGCCAUUGACCGCCAUGACAACCGGGCCGUGUUCUCCAACUGGGGCGAGUCGGUCGAUAUCUUUGCUCCGGGCGUCGAAAUCGAGAGUGCCUUCAACAACAGCGAUUCCGACCAUAGCUUGAUGAACGGCACCAGCAUGGCCUGCCCCCACGUGGCUGGGCUGGCGGCCUACUUUAUGGCUCGCGAUGGGAUAUCCGGGAAAGAAGUGGCGCAGAAGGUCUUGGAAACUGCCAUCACGGGUGUCGGUGAUAGAAGAAUGGGCGCAGACCGCAUCGCGUACAACGGGGAGGCUGAAUGAGCGAGGUUGCUUAUUUGUGUGUAAUUACAUGCCUGGAUACCUCUAAAAUCAGCUUUUGGGGGGUUUCACCACAGGCAUGGAAUAUCGUUUCAUUCUCUCCACGAUACUAAUUAAGUCCAGAACGCAGAACAGGGAAAUGGUUGAUUGCAAUAGAGUCCAAUUACAUUUCAUCCUGUUCUGCACGGAGUAUUACUUUUACUAAUUACAGUGUUUCCUCCAAGGGGUCCUCGCGAGGGGUGAAGGAUUGGCAUCAGAAGAUCCGCC